AUGGUGGAGGUAGUUGAGAUUGAAAGUUUGUUCAAUUAUGCCAUGAAAGGCCAGUGGAGAGAAGUUUUAGAGGCCUACAAGAACAACCCCCGAGCUUUGGAAGCUAAAAUCACAAAAGCAGAAGACACUGUCUUACACAUUGCUGUCUAUGUGGGCCAAACCAAUUUUUUGACUACCCUUUUAGAGAAUAUCAAAGAAGAUGUGUCUCUUGCCAUCCUAAAUAUACCAAACUCAAAGGGAAACACUCCUCUGCAUCUAGCAGCUGAGCUUGGUAAUGUGGACAUUUGCAACACUAUAGCCAAAAGAGACCCCAAACUCAUUUUGUGUCACAAUUUUGAAGGUGAAACCCCUCUCUUCUCGGCAUCUAUUCAUGGUAGGAAAGAUGCAUUCUUUUGUCUACAUGGUCACCUACAAAACAAAGAUGAUUACUCGCCAUGCAUAAAGAGCAACGGGGACACUAUUCUUCAUUCUACCAUCUCUAAUGAAUACUUUGGUUUGGCGCUUCAAAUAAUAAGGUUGUAUCCAAAUCUUGGGGAUUUUGUGAAUGAGGAUGGCUUAUCACCUCUUCAUGUUCUUGCUAUGAAGCCUAAUUGUUUUAAAAGCAGCACCAGGAUGCAGCUUUUGGAUCGUAUCAUUUAUAACUGUUUGCUUGUUGAUGAGCUGAAGGAAGAAACAGAGCACCUUAGUACUAAUAGAGGAGACACACAAAAUUUUAAGUAUCCAAUGAACUGUGGAACAUGCCUCAGCUUCUUAUAUUUGUUGAAGAAUGCAAUUCAAGUUAUAACAAUAGGCACAAAGGAUAGUAAAGCUACAACUGAUGAUGAAGAGAAUCUCCCACAACCAUCCCACCCCAAUUGUGUGCAAGAGCAAGCAAGGAAAGAAAAGAAACAAUAUCGAUUCCCUCCAAAUUGGGAAGUGUUCAUCCGAUUUCUAACCUUAAUGAUGAAGGCCUUGCUAAUACUUUUUGGUGUGGGAGCAUCUUGGAUAGAUAAAAUCCAAAGGAAAAAGGAGAAACACACGUGGGCUAAGCAAGUGAUGGAUGAAUUGAUUGAGAGAGCCUCUUUGUAUAAGUAUGACCAUAAUGGAAAAUAUUCCUUUGAUCUUCAGCAUGACAAUGGUAGGGAAAACAUAGAUAUGCAUGUGAACAAAGGAGCUAUUGAGAAAAUGAAAAGGGUGUCACCAAUUUUAAUUGCGGCAAAAAUGGGAAUGACUGAAAUGGUGGCAAAAAUCCUAGAUACUUUCCCAGUGGCUAUCCAUGAUGUGGAUUAUGACAACAAGAAUGUUGUUCUUUUGGCCAUAGAGAACAGGCAACCUCGUGUCUACAAGCUGCUGGCAGGGAGGAAUUUAGAGACAGAAAGUGCAUUUCGUCAAAUAGACAAUCAUGGUAACAGUGCAUUGCACCUUGCUGCGACCUACAGGGAACAAAGGCCUUGGCGUGUCCCUGGUGCUGCCAUGCAAAUGCAGUGGGAAUAUAAGUGGUAUAAGCUUGUUAAGGAUUCCAUGCCACCAAAUUUCUAUGCACGUUACAAUAACAAGGGAGAAACAGCGAAACAGGUGUUCCUCCACACUCAUGGACAACUAGUGAGAGAGGGAAGGAAAUGGCUCACCAAAACCUCAGAAUCAUGUUCAGUAGUUGCAGCACUUGUUGCAACAGUGGCAUUCACAACCUCAACAGCAAUACCAGGUGGUGCCAAUGAAGAAACGGGUAUGCCAGUGUUGAGUGGACAAGCUGCAUUCAAAGUCUUUGCUGUUGCAUCACUUGUGGCGCUGUGCUCCUCAGUCACAGCCCUUGUUUUGUUUCUUUCAAUACUCACAUCUCGGUAUCAAGAAAAAGAUUUUGCUGUGGACUUACCAAGAAAGCUUCUUCUGGGAUUGACUUCACUAUGGACAUCUAUAACAUCAAUAUUGGUUUCGUUUUGUGCAGGACAUUACUAUAUCAUUGAAGGUGGUAUCAAAUCUUAUGUUUAUCUCAUAUAUGCUGUGACGUGUUUGCCAGUAUCAUUUUUUGUAUUGGUUCAACUCCCUCUGUACUUGGAUCUCAUGUUGGCUAUAUUUCGCAAGGUUCCUCAGCGGGUUUAUAAGGUGUUCUCCCGUUAG